GGAUACAGUUGAUGAAGAUAAUAUGUAUUUCCUUGAUGUGGAUGAUGCAAGUGAUGAUGACGUUGAUAAUAUGGUCGAAGAUGGAAAUAUGGAACCAGAGAAGAGGGUACAAAAAACCAAAGUUGUGACUAGAGUUGAAAGGAACAAGAAGGCUAGACGUAAAGAGCAGUUGAAAGUUGAAGCAGAAGUAAAAAAGUUGAAGAACCUUUCAAAAGAAAUUGACAGCUUGCCAGAUAUAAUUCAAGAAAUAGCCAAAGAGGAUGAAGAGAAACAGAAAAUGCAUAUCCGACGUGUUGUUUCUAAACAAGAAAGACUGAAGUGUUUUCCUCCACGCCUUGGGAAGCGCAAAUUUCAGCCUGCUCUUGUUCAAGUCCUAUUAUCCGAAGAAAUCACUGGUUCCCUUUGGCAAUUAAAGGGAUGUAGCACUCUUGCAAAAGAUAGGUUCAAGAGCCUGGAGAAAAGAGGACUUGUUGUUCCUUCGAAAAUGACUGGAAGGAGGUAAUUGUCAUUUCACGGUCCUGCAAUAUCCUGUACCGUUGCUGGUGCCAUUGGCCAGUGUCUUUUGAAUUCUGCAGCAGUCAACCUGGAUUUUGUACCAUUUUAAUUCUUCAGGUUUUAUAGUUUGAUAUUAUGGAAAUAUGGGUUGUAUUUAAAAAAUGGGUAAGAUAUUACGGAGU